AUAGAGUAACUGUUUUACCUAAAAGCAUACAAGAAAAAAAUGUACGCGAUUAAGGCCACGUUGUGUCUAAGCAUAUUGACGCUGUACCUCAUACCCUCUACAAUGGGUCAAGGGGCGACGACAUCAAUUGCGCUUCCAGAUUUUCCGAAACUUGCUAGUUGCUUUGCUCCAUUAGUUGACAUGGUAAAACCCUUGGCUGAAAAAAUAGUGCCAUUUUCCAAGGACUUUCUUAAAUGCGUUGGUGCCAAAUCUGAUCCUAAUCCGGGCUCAAAACUGAACCUUUACGUGAAGAACGCCUACGUUAUAUUGAAGAAGGCACUUAUUGAAAAGUUUAGCUGCAUAGGUGAUGCAAUUAAGAGUUUUUAUGGAGUAAUGAAACCUUCUCUUGAAAAAGCUGAGGCGAACAACUGUUGGCAGCAUAUUUAGUGCUUUUAAAGCAUAACCUACUGUCUUGUAGCUGCAGUUAUAAAGAUACAUAACUAAUAAUGAGACGUUCAAUGUCAAUAUCAAAUGUUUAUUUGCCUACUACGUAUACUACAUACUUGUACAUAAGCAAUGAUAAUAAACUAAAUUUUGACAUUUUA